AUCUGUCAAAGUCAUGCCUUGUUUCUUAUAAACAACCUGUUCAAACUACAUCUCCUUCAGAGAAUAUUGACAAAGACUUCUCUUGUGAAAUAAUUUGUCAAUGCGUGCAGAAUGCAAAUUCAAAUCGACCGGUACAGUGACACCGGUUUUCGCUCGUGGUGGGGAGUCUGGAGGAAGAGAAGAGAAUGGCGUCUGUCAGACUGACUGGAGCACUGGAGUUACGUUCGCGGGCCCGUGCAGAGGUUAGUUGAUAGUGCGCUGUGAAAAAAGGAACGUGGGUGAUUUUGCGAAGGUCGGGGUGUUUGCUCGAGUGAGACGUGAAAUUGUGCUCAAAUUUGUCAGGAAAGGUUAUGACCAUGUGCUUCGUCGACGAGUCUCGUGCUUCGUGCGAGUGUCGUUGACGUUUCUUGUGUCAGUGUUCUCGUCCCUCUCCCUCCUGAAUCUCUGGACCUUCUGCGUGCGAUGCCAUAUGACAGGUGCGUCGAGAGCGUGGAAAUUGGAAAAGAGGAGCAGGAUUUGCGGAUAAUGAUAAUUCAGUGCUGGGAUAAAUGGAUCACGUAAUGCGGAUUACAGAAAGCCCAGAGUGCAGCGAAGAGGAGCCAAGAUUUCCUUUAAGUUAGGCUAUGAGCGCUGACAAUGGGGACGACUCCUUGAUUCCGUGAAGAGCUUUUCGGAAGGAAAAAUUUGGUAUCGAUUUCAACAAUAGCAUAUCAGGGUUUGAAACAAUGUCGAUUUUUCAGCGAAUUAAAGCAAUUAAGAUAUUAAUCGAUACGUGAAGGUUGAAAUUUGUUGUGGUGAUUCGAUUGGAAGAAAGCUAGGGGAGAAAGGAGGCAUCUCCAUUGUGGAUGCUGUGGCCUGUGUUGGGGGAUGACGGGCUGAGGCCCUCGUCGCCUCCGGGGGCGGCCAAUGUCAAGGGGUUCAACAGACUGACGCCCCUUCUCCUAUGCGCCCCUUGCAAGCCAACUAUUAGAAAAAUCCAGAGUUCCACCCAGUGGUACGUCCAGCAGCCCACAUGGCGUCUCUGGGGCGAGGAAAGAGGUGAUGGUGUCAUAUACACGGUGUACCUGAAAAAAGUUCGAUACCAUAGACCAACUAGAAGCGUGUCAGCAUCGGACUCGGACGAUGAAAUAUCUCAUCUCGAGUGGGAAACUGUGAGGGUCCGUUUUCUAAAGGCUGGUACCGUCCAGAGGCUAGUCGAGAGUCUCGCUAACGAUGAUGGAGAACUCGAGUCGACCUACAUUAACGUAUUUUUGGCGACAUAUCGCGCUUUUACGAGCCCGCAAGAAGUUCUGGAACUUUUGUUGGUCAGGUACGAUUCUCUGGACGAGAAUGCUGGGGCACUUACGGGUGAGCAGCAUCGAAAAACUCUUGUCCAGGCUCUCCAUGUGUGGUUGGACGCCUACCCUGGGGAUUGGUGCUCACCGCCGAAUCAUCCUCUCCUCAUGAGACUCCUAGACUUCACGCAUCGACGAUUACCUGGUUCCGAACUCGAACUCAAGGCCAGGCAUCGACUGCACAGGUUUUCGCAACGAGAGGGGCAGACAGACUCUUGCCUUCCUUAUGACAAUAGUCGUCUGGCCUUACACGGACCGACGGACUUGAUAGGCGAUCAUUGGCCGACCUACAUUUUUCCCGAGGUGCCCCACCGACAUUUCGCAGAGCAGUUGACGCGAAUGGAUGCCGAAGUGUUCAAAAAAUUAAUAGCACACCAAUGCCUGGGAGCAGUUUGGUCCCGAAGAGAUCGCUCUCGAAGUCACGAUGCAGCCACCGUUUUGGCGACCGUCAAUCAAUUCAACGCCGUGUCUCUUCGAGUCAUGUCCACCGUUCUCAAAGACUUGACAUUAAAACCUCACGAGCGAGCGAGAAUCCUUGAAACCUGGAUCGACAUCGCGCAGGAACUGAGGGUCGUAAAAAACUUCAGUAGUCUUAAGGCCAUCGUCUCUGGUCUUCAAAGUAAUCCGGUCUACAGGCUGGAAAAGUGUUGGCAGUGCAUGCCUCGUGAAAAACACGAAGUCUUUCGAGAACUCGAGAGGAUAUUCUCCGAAGAAAAUAAUGCCUGGACUCAAAGAGAGCUGCUGAUUAAAGAAGGCACUGCAAAAUUUGCUGACACUGCGGGCAGAAGCGAUAGGCAUCUGCAGAAGAUUUUUCAAAAACAGAAUACUCAUGCGGGAAAUAUUAGUUACGGCACAAUUCCUUACCUAGGGACCUUUCUGACUGAUUUAACGAUGAUAGACACAGCGAUUCCCGACACGAUAGCCGAAGGACUCAUCAACUUUGACAAAAGAAGAAAAGAAUUUGAAGUCCUCGCGAGAAUCAGACUUCUGCAGGGAGCAGCAAAUGCCUAUAAUUUCCCGACAGACCCCAUCUUCGACAGAUGGUUUCAUUCCAUUGCUGUGCUCGAUGAUCGGGAGGCAUACAAACUCAGUUGCCAAAUUGAAACCCCUCCUCCAGGACACACAUUGAACAUCAACAAUAAAGUCAAGAAGAAACCGAAUCAUCAGGGCCACCGUAAAAACGACUCGAUAGCCUCAACUUCGAGUUCCAGCAGUUCCCAGUUCUACUGUGACCUGGAUUCUUUGCCCAGUUCUCCGCACAAUUCCCUGGACCGGAGAACCUCGCCAUCUCAGAUGUCCAGUUCAUCUUCCAGUUCAUCUCUUCCAUCUCUGGACGUUUCCCUAAGUUCCGGAGGAGGAGGAGGAGGAGGAGGAGGAGGAGGAGGAGGAGGAGGCGCUUCCUCUGGUCACAAUUCCCGUCUAGCACCUCAAGUUGCCGUCACAGCCAAUGGCAGUAGUCCCAGCCACCCUGGACUUCCAAGUCCAAGUCAUUCGCACAAAAGUUCUCCCGAUUUUUAUAUAAUUAAAGUAACGAUGGAGAGCGACAACGUCGAAACAGACGGCGUGGUUCUUUACAAAUCGAUCAUGCUCUCAAACAAUGAGAGGACCCCUCAAGUAAUUCGCAACGCGAUGCUUAAACUGGGAAUUGAGGGCAGUCCAGAUCAGUACACUUUGGCUCAAGUGUUGCCGGAUCGGGAAAUGGUUCUGCCCAAUUCAGCAAAUGUUUAUUAUGCCGUCAACACUGCGCACAAUUUGAAUUUCAUCCUUCGACCCAGGCGAGAUGUGAACGACGGGGCCACGGACAGUCCGAAAAACAAAACGCCUAAUCACAAACGGUAGUCUUAGUUAAUUAUUUACGCAUUUACGAAAGAGCAGCGGCUGCUCAGAGACUGUAAGAAUUCUCGAAAUGACUUUUAAAGAUCUGUUUGAGAAAACCUGUAUUAUUUUUUUCUUUUCUUCACAGGGAAAAGACGUACUCUGCCAGAAAUUUUAUUAUGCCUUUUACGAAUCGAUCGUUGACUAGAUUAGGGGAGAUUCGCGGCUUUCUCAUAUCAUGAUAAAUCGAUAUUAGUACUGACGAUUUAGUUGUUGUUUGUAAAUCUAAACGUGUGAGAGGUUUGACGAUAUAGUACAAUUGCAGCGGAUGAAUCUCCUUGUAUAUUUAUAUUUUUUUAGUGCAAUCAAGUCCGGAUUACUGUUGUAUUUCGUGAGAAAUGUUCAGCGACUUGAACGGAGACGUUAAAUAUUAAACCAAUGAAUUAAGGCCCAUUCAGGUGUGAGUGGGUGGGCUCUCCAUUGUGGAGAGGGGUUUAUUGUUCAGUAAUUAAGAAUGCUCCACGUAUGACCCGUUAAACUUUUCAAGAAUUCGAAUAAUUUCCAGGUUUAUCUGAUUAGACAUAGAGCCUGCAGAAAAAUUCAUUCGGAUAAACUUUAGGUCGUUUUUAACUUCUCUUUUUCUUAUUUAAAGUAAUUUGACGUUGUUCAGUUUUUCAGGUCAAUAUUCAAAACAUAAGAA